AUGGAUGAAUUCAGCCCGACACCCCGGGAUGAGUCACGGUCAUCGUCUUCAAAUUUGAAGAACGAGAGGCCGGGUUCGCCUGACAGCACCCACUCGAGAUCGUCGUCCAUGUCUAAAAACUCCCUUCAAGAUCGUUUAUUUACAAAGCUCCUCCAACAAGUCAUUCCGAAAGACGAUGAUGAGGAUGAAACCGACUCAGGAGACAAGGCCUAUGCGUCGUCCCCUAAGAAACCGGCCUUUAGUUUGCCGGUAAUGGCGAACAAUUUCCGUCGUUUCAAUGCCAGAAUCGGCGUGGUAUUUCUAUUCCAGUGCCAGGUUGAGCGAGUGCUUACAUGGGAAACACCAACUCAUACCCUCUCACUUCUUUUUGUCUAUUCUUUCAUAUGCUUGGAUCCUCGCCUACUAUUGAUUCUGCCCUUGGUGGUGCUCUUACUGUUCAUCAUGGUACCUGCCUUUGUGACUCGUCAUCCACCACCUCCAAACACCUCCACUUCGAGUACUACUCCGUACUAUUCUUAUGAUGGACCUGCGCUGGCACCGGCAAGGACCAUCAAACCAGCACCAGAGACCUCCAAGGACUUUUUACGGAACAUGCGAGAUCUGCAGAACGUCAUGGCCGAUUUCUCAGACGUGCACGAUGCAACUGUCUCUGUAGUUGCACCAUUAACGAAUUUUUCGAAUGAGAAGCUCUCAUCGGCUCUUUUCUUGGGCUGCACAGUGGCUACUGUGAUAUUGUUCAUCAGUGCUCCUCUCUUACCCGUGAAACUCGUCCUACUAGUCGGCGGCAAUGCGGCAAUUCUAUCAAUUCAUCCAACUGUCCGGCAAUUCUUUGGGGACCUGAUGCAAGACAUGGCUGGCGAUUUCUUGGAUACGGACUCUACCCCAGACGACGAGAGAGCCUCAGAUAGGUUUGGUUCAAUGCCCGCGAACCCGACGGCGGCAAUGUCUUCCCUGGAAAAGCUUGCGGAUAUUUCGUUAGACACGGACCCGGAGGAGCGUGAGGUAGAAAUCUUUGAACUGCAGCACCGGGCCGCAGGAACGUCGGAAUCUGGAUGGGAGAGUUUCUUGUUCAGUCACGCGCCAUAUGAUCCACUCUCGCCCUCUCGCAUUGCCGGGGAUCGUCCACGUGGAUGUCGAUUCUUUGAGGAUGUUCGAGCCCCAUCUGGUUGGAACUGGAAGAGUAAAAAGUGGGAGCUUGACCUAGACUGCCGCGAAUGGGUUGUGGAGCGUAUGAUCACUGGGGUCGGUUUUGAAGUUCCUGGUGUGACUGCGGAAGGAAAUGCGAUUGUCGAUGAAGUUGGUGGUUGGGUUUGGGACUUGCCCCCUGCCCGUUCACUGGAUACAGACGAUGAGCUCCCGCUAGCUUACGGGGAUCUACCAAUGGACUCUCCCACACCAAAAGAGAAAAAGAAGUCUUCCAAGAACAAGGAUAAGGAAAAGAACAAGUCCUCUGGCCGGGAUUGGGAAGAAGGAACCCCUGCAUCCUUUGGCGUUGGAGAAUGGAGACGACGCCGAUGGGUACGAGUAGUACAACGAAUCAGCCUUCCGCCGGCGGGAGUUCUCACAUACUCAACAUUGUCAUCGCUGAACCGCAACUAA